CUGCAAUGGCCGUUACUGCGCGCUAAAUACAAACUUGAGUCUUCGAAAAGAAACAAACAUCUGCUGAAUUUUGUUGAACUUAAAAGCAUUAAAACCAAGAGACUUUCUACCGCUUAAGCAUGGCUUCUUCGGGUUAAUAUAACCAAUGGAAAUGAAGAUCGGCGGAUUCUCAAAGAAAAUAAUCCGAGGAAGGAAUUUAAGACUUUGUGUGAGAUUUGUAUGGAUUCUGUGUGAAUAACUUAACCUAACUAAUACUUACCUACGGAUUUAAAAGACAUUAUACAUAAUGGCACAGCGAUUUGAGGAACCCACACAGACCACUACUACACGGCAUGUAUUACGAGGAAUAGAAUACGUGCUAGCCCUUACGAUCAAUAAAGAGGAGAACAUUUUUACUUUGGAGGUUGAAGACAGGUUAACAGCCGAUCGAUGGACGGGACAAUUCGAUACAAAAUAUAUAGAGGAUCUAACUCACAAGACAGGGAAUUUUAAACAGUUUAUGGUGUUUGUGAACAUGUUGGAAUCAGCGCUAAACAAGAAUAGUUCUGCGCUGUCCCUAGACCUCCUGACCUACAGUGACUUAGAAGUAUUGCGCAAUCAGAGAGCGCAUCGACCAGGGUCUGGGACUCAGCAUAUACCCCCUGCCCAGCCAAGCAGUCUGCACACAAAACGAUAUCUCAUUAUGACCUACUCUGUGGAGUUUGAUAGAAUUCACUACCCGCUGCCACUGCCAUAUGUCGGUAAACCAGACCCAGUCCAGCUACAGGAAGCUCUGAGAAGACUGGAAGAAGAAAACAAGCGACUGAAGGAACAGCUCCUUAAAAGAUCUACAAAUGGCACUGUUACACAUUUGCAGAAAGAGAUGGAAAGUUUAGCGAAGGAGAGAGAUGAUAUUCAAGCCCAGUUUGAGACAUACCAGCGAGAGUUGAAACACACGGGCAAAGCCAACACUGCUAAGGAAAUACGAGUCUUGAAAAAAGUCGUACAAAAUUUAGAGAGUGACCUUAUGAAAGAGAAGACGAAACACCAAAGAAUUAUCAACAAAAAGAACCAGGAAUAUAGAAACAUCGUUGAAGAGCUAGAGGAGCUGCGAGCAAGCGAAAGGAAUCUUCGCGCCCGAUGCCGCAGCCUUACAAAUGAGCUCGCGGUGUUCAAACGAAACUCGCGAGUGUCUCCUGCGCCUAGUAACACAAGUCGACGCAGCUCGUCCCGCGGGUCAGUCCCGCGACCUCGCCGCUCAACCUCGCACGGCCGUCGUUCCUCCUCGCGGGAUCGCCUCGAGAUGCGGGAUCGUCGCUCUGCCUCGCGGGAUCGCCUGCAGAUGCGGGAUCGUCGCUCUGCCUCGCGGGAUAGAAUCCCCUCCUCGGGUGGUCGAAGGCGGUCCCCCUCUCCUUCCGGUCCCCGACCGCCACGGUUCGACCCUACUGCGUACAUUAAAGAAAAGCAGCGUAAAAUCCAAGAAGCUGAGAAAAGUCGAGGACGAAAGAGAACCUUAUCUGGUGGGUCUCUGCCACGAGGUCGAUCCAGGUCCCUGUCUUCUGAUCGGCUGGGUACCAGGCUGCCCUCGGCAAGAAAAGGAUCCGCCUCCAAAAUAGGAAUUCCUCGGACAUCUUCGACCGGUAGCCUGGGGAGUAGACGCUCGUCCCAGUCCUCUACUGAUGGCGCUGUUUUAACAGACCAAUCAAAUCGGCAGACUCGACGUAGAAGUUCAAGGAGUUCUAAGGCCAGUGUCGGCAGCCGCGGUAAAGAGAAUCCCCGGCGACCAGAAGACUGGACGAGUCCUGACGAUACAGACACGGUAAUGCACCGUACAGACACGGGUAAUUACCAGGCCUUGAAACACCCAACCGCCUUAUAUUCUAGCACACCCGAGCACGGGCGUGUUCAUUCUCGCACCAAGCCGACGAAAACGCGACAUCGACACAUCAUUAAUUCAGAGAUUGAAGACUCGUUUAAUCGGUCAGCGGAGAUGAUGGAAAUUGAUGCGCGGUUGAAUGCGCUGCAGCACUUUAUGAAAGCGAAUCUACAGUGAUGAAAAUGAUGCUAUACUGUGUUCCGUGAUGACAUAAUACACAUUACUUUGAGUACAGUUGGGAGUGGAGGAUAUCAAGCCUUUGGGCCGCUUGGGAACAGGACUAAUUGCCAUUUUGAACUCGUCAAAUGGUAGCACGACGUGUGAAAUGCUGCUUAGUGUAAAUAGGAUCGCCCGUUCGCUACCGAAUUCCACUAACUUUCGACGGACUCGAUUUAAACAUGAGCUGUACAUAUGAUAUGAUUGACAGUCAGGUUGCCAUGUGCAUUUAUAUCUUGAAAUAGAGAUCAGCAAAGAAUUAGCUUCUUGUAUAUUUUAUCUAUGUAAAAUUACUCGUAUCAAUAGACAUCUCAGUAUAUUUUAUCCUACUUAAGAAAAAUAAAAUACCUGCGACACA